AUGAUGUUAUUAAAUGUUGAGCAUGAAGUGAGAAUGAAACUCUUGAAUAUCAUAGCACAGAAAAGGUUGGCCAAACCAAAUGCAAGCACAAUUGAACCUAGCUUUAAAAGACCCAAUGAGGUUCUCCGAAGAUACCAAAAGUCCAAUCCCUCCAAGGCUAUCGUUUUGUUCCGCCAAGUAUUGAGGGAAAACCCUUCUAGUGUCCUCCAAACUUCUCUCGUCGGUAUGUAUUCGGCCGGAGGGGAUAUUGCUGACGCACAUCAGGUGUUUGAAGAAAUGUCGACAAGGAACGUGGUUAGCUGGAUUGCGUUAAUUGCUGCAUCCGUUAAUAACCAGAAAGAAAAGAUAGGUUUAGAGUUGUUCGGGCAGAUGCAACUUGAAAAUGUAGAGCCUGAUCACGUUACCCUUGCGGUUGCUCUAUCGGUUUGUGCUGAUAUUGGGGAGUUGGGAAUUGGAGAGGAGAUAUAA